CACAAGCCAAAGGCCACACGAAUGCGAGCCGUGACGACAAACCGCUUUAACGCAGUCUGUUUUUAUUGAUACACUCGGAGGACGCGCGCCUUAGUGUAGCCCAUACUUUAAAUUAAAAUCGCGUUUUCCUGCUAUAUUUAUCGGUAAUAGAAUUGCCCUAUAUAAGGUGAAGAUAUGUGCAGUGUUAUUCUAUGAUAUUACAGAGCAUUAAACUAGUAAUUGUGUUAUUUAGGUAUAAUAUUGUGAUUUGUUAAAAAUGCAUGUAUUAUAUGUGGGAAUUCAUUUGUUUUGUUGGUUAAUAAUAGCAUGGGCUGACGUGUCACCAGUAUUCCUCUCUCAAUAUAUCAAGAACAAUGACACAGCUACUGGCAAAAACUUAUCUCAGGUGGAUCCUAAACAGUUUCUUGGUGUGAAGAGUUACUCAGGGUACAUCACGGUGGAUGAAGGGUUAGGGUCAAAUCUCUUCUUCUGGUACUUCCCCGUCGCCGGCGCAGAUGUCAGCACCACUCCCUUGAUCAUCUGGCUUCAGGGCGGCCCUGGUGGUACCAGCCUUGUGGGCGUGUUUCUAGAAAUAGGACCUUUUGCUAUUAACGCCACCGAGAUUCAAUCUAGACCAUCGACAUGGGGACAAAAUCAUUCUCUUCUCUUCAUAGACAACCCCGUGGGAAGCGGUCUUAGUUUCACCAAAUCUGAUGGUUACGCUAAAAAUUUAGACACCUGUGCUGACCACCUAUACAGUUUCCUGCAGCAGUUCUUGACUGUAUUCCCGGAACUCCGGACUGCCCCGCUUUAUAUCGCCGGGGAAUCCUACGCCGGCCGGUACGUGCCGGCUUUUGCCAAAAAAAUCUUCGACCAUAAGGAGACACGUGAGGGAGACAGGAAAAUUAACUUGCAGGGUCUGAUAAUGGGUAACCCUCUCUUCAAUUAUAAGGACUCAGCAAAUGUGUCCCAGAUAUUCUACCAUUGGGGCCUUAUCGACCAACAGGGAGUUGGCGCCGUGAAGGAAAUGCAGGAUGCUUAUAUUGAGGCGAUUAAUAAGAAUGCCAGCGAUGCUCAUUCACUUCGUGGCGACUUAUUGGACGCGCUCCAAGAUCUGUCUCUCCAACCCCAAUUAUUUAAUGUUCUACAAUACGAGGAGCUGGACACAAGCCGGUUCAUUCAAUACGUGAACACCAAGAACUUCAAGACAGCUGUCCAUGGCAUAGACAAAGAGAUUGUGGUAGUGGAUCGUGAGGUUCAGAGGUACUUGGUGGCGGAUUUUCUUCUGAACUUGGAUUCGACGAUGGAAUCCCUGUUGGAACACUGCAGAAUACUUAUAUACUGUGGACAGCUGGACUUGACCGAGCCGUGUGUACCGAACGCGGAGGCCCGUCGGAAGAACUGGCGGUGGAGCGGCCGGCCCAACUUCCUCAGUGCACAUCGCAAGCCUUUGUGGAUCUCCGAUACUGUUGCUGGUUAUUUCAAGAGUGGUGGCGGUCUUACAGAAGUUUUGGUCAACGGCGCCGGCCAUCUUGUGCCUAUAGACAAACCUAAAGAAGCCCAAGUUAUGAUAUCAUACUUCGUCAAAGGAAAUGAAUUACCUUCAAAUUUUACUGAGCUAAAUUUCAAUGAUGUUCCUGAUUUAGAUCUUGUAGUGCCAAGUAGUACAGAAACUACAGUUGUAAAAACACCUGAUCCAAAUAGUAGUACUCUUAUCAAUAAGACUGAUACUAAAACGGACCCUAAAACUAAUCUUACGUAUACAUAUGUUAGUAAUCCUUUGAAUACGGUUAGUUGGGUUUUGAAUGGUAUUUUAAUAACUUCUAUUAUUGUCUGUGGUAUUUUAUAUGUGAGACAUAAGAGAAGGUAUCGUGAUUACCUUCUCAAUGAUGAAGACUCACUUAAUAAUGCUGUGCUUACUAUGUCAUAUCGUGUAUCAUCGGUGUUUACUACGGCCAUCCUAAAUAUAGAGCAAAUCACAACCGCGGCCGUGCAAGAAUCUAUGGCGAAUGUCCGACCGUGGGAGCGGGAUUAUGGUAAACAGGUCAUUGGUACGCCGUACCUGUUCGCGGCGACUACAGGCUGUUUUGAUUCUGUAUGUGCUCACGCAGUUCUAAGCCGUGAGAGUCCCCCAGAUUUACCUUCUGGAGAGGAUCCUGAGCCCAUCCUGACAUUCAUGGAGCGCACCUACAAGGCUGGUAGAGCGAGACAGACAUACGACGCGGGGGAGCCUCUCCUUCUCACUCCUUUUAUCGAGGCGAAGAAGCUGGAGGAAGGCAGGGAGGCCGCGGCGGUAGACUCGGAUUACCUGCUGCCUGAUAUGGACAGCUAUGCUGGAUAUUUGACGGUCAAUAAGGAGUAUAACGCCAACCUCUGGUUCUGGUACUUCCCCGUCGCCGACCAAAACGUCUCAGAGACACCCUUAAUCCUGUGGCUGCAAGGAGGUCCAGGGGCCUCCUCAUUAUACGGUCUCUUUACCGAAAUUGGACCUUUCUUCGUUACUGAGGACAAGACCUUGGAAGAGAUCAAGUACUCAUGGGGCAAGAACCACUCCCUGCUGUUUAUCGACAACCCCGUGGGCACCGGGUUCAGCUUCACUGAUGAUGAUCGGGGCUACGCUACCAACCAAACUACGAUCGGCGAGAACUUAUACGCGGCGCUUCAGCAGUUCAUGACACUGUUCCCUGAACUUCGGAAAGCCCCUCUCAUCGUGGCGGGGGAGUCCUACGCCGGGAAACACAUCCCGUCCCUAGGGGUUCAGAUACUGUGGCACAGGCAUGACGAUGAACCUAUUAAUUUGCAGGGUCUAGCAAUCGGCAACGGCUUCACGGACCCCCUGACGCUGCAACGGUACAGCCACUUUGCCAGGGAGGUCGGUCUAGUGGACGAUAAGGUGGCAGACACCAUGAAUGUUCUAGAAGGAGCCGUCGUCCAGUUCAUUAAGGAAGGGGAGAUGCUGAAAGCCUAUGCGUACUACAACUAUCUCUUGCAACUGUUUCUAUCCGAAUCCCGCCUGUCAAACCUCUACAACUAUCUAGAUGACGACAUCAGCCUGGAAGGCGCCUACAACGACUACCUUCAAACCACGGAGGUCCGCAAGGCUCUCCAUGUUGGCAACACUAACUUCACGUCAAUCGGAGUAGUGUACAGGAAACUGGUGCCUGAUUUCAUGAAUAGUGCUAGGAUGUGGCUGGAAGAGCUGCUAGAGAACUAUAGGGUCAUGCUUUACAAUGGUCAUCUCGACAUAAUUGUUGCAUAUCACCCUUCAGUGAACUCUUACAACAGUCUUUCCUUUAGUGGGACAGAAGAAUUUAAGAAAACAAAGCGGUUACCUUGGUACCACGACGGCACUUUAGCAGGUUACUACAAAGUAGCAGGCAACCUGACAGAGGUGAUGAUCCGCGGGGCAGGACACAUGGUGCCCGCAGACAAGCCAGCAGCCUCCCUGGGUCUCAUCUCGGCCUUCGCUCGGGACAUCACGUUGGACGCGGACACUGGCUCCUUGGUUAACGUAGAACCUUCUAGACGCCGCCGCCUACCCGUCAAAUAGGCUGGAGACAAUUUUGCUACUGAUAUUUGUACCUUAAU